AAACAAAACUUGAAUUGAAAAUGGUUAAUUUUUUUUCUAGACAAUUGAUAUUGCUGAAUGUAUGAUUAUUUUUAAUUAAUAUCCUUAUAAUAUACUCAUCAAGUCCAUAUGAUCGGCUUAAUUUUUAAAGUUCAUUAACCGAUUUCCAAUUUUUAAACGACACUAUAGAUAAAUAGUUAUGUCUACUCGAAAGCGUCUUACAUGGGAGGAACUAGGCUUUCAGGAAGAUCAAGAAGGAAAUAUAAGAAUUGAGGAAAUAGUUAUACCACCUGCUCCACCUCCUGCAUUGACACAUGAUAUUCCAGAUUCUAGAUUAAUCAUCACUCACUUGACUGUUGAGAACUUUAAAUCUUAUGCUGGAGUACAGGAUAUCGGCCCUUUUGAUAAAAAUUUUACAGCUGUUGUUGGUCCUAAUGGAAGUGGAAAAUCAAAUGUUAUUGACGCUUUGAUGUUUGUAUUUGGUCAGAAGGCAAAAAAUAUUCGUGCUAAAAAAAUAAAUGCUUUAAUUCACAAGAGCUCUAAAUAUCCGGAUCUUACUUCAUGUACAGUUGCUGUUCAUUUUGCUGUUGUCAAAGAAGGGGAAGGAAAAGGCGUUAUAGUGAAAGAUUCAAGAUUUACUUUGUCAAGAACAGUUCUAAUAGAUGCUUCAUCAUACUAUGAGAUGGAUGGUAAAAGAAUGCAAUACAAAGAUGUUAGACGUAUUUUGAAAGCAUAUGGGAUUGAUAUGGAUUAUACAAGAUUUUUAAUUAUGCAGGGUGAAAUCGAAUCUAUUUCACUUAUGAAACCAAAGGGGCAAGCAGAAAAUGAAACUGGAAUGUUAGAAUACAUUGAAGAUAUUAUUGGUUCUAACCGUUUGAUUGAACCUAUAGAACAUUUUAAAGACCUUUUGAAGGAGAGAAGGGCUGAAGAAGCUGAAAAGUUAAAGAUACUUAAUCUUGUUGCAAAAGAAAAGCAAGAGUUGGAAAUGCCAAAAAAUGCGGCUGUUGCAUAUUUAAGAUUGGACAAUAAGCGUAUUUCAUGUGAAAAUUCUAUUUUAAUAUGUCAAAGGAGAGAUGCAGAAAAAGAUCUUGAAAAACUUCUAGAUAAGAAAAAGAAAUUUACUGAAGAGUUUAAGGCUCUCAAAGAAGAUAUGGAAAAAUUGCAGGCUUCAAAAAAAUCACUUGAAAAUGAUUUAAAUGGAAUUGUUAAGGAGCAUGGUGCAGUUUUUAAGAAAUGUGAAGAAUUAAAAGAACAGUUUAAGCAGCUUGAACGUGAAGAUGCUGCUAAUAAUGAGGAUGGUAAACAUGCUAAAGAAAAAAAGCAAUCUUUGAAUACAAAUUUGCAAAAAUGUCAAGAGGAGCUAAACAAACUAACUAAACAAUGCAAUACUUUUGAAAAAGAAACUGAAGAAUUGAAGUUGAUGAAAGUGAAAUUAGAAGAAGAUAAAAUUUUUGAGGAAAAAAAAGCUGCUGAGGUCAUGGGAUCUUUGAAGCAAGAAACAUUUAUUUUGCAAGAAAAGAAGGAUAAGAUUGAAAUUGAGUUGAAAAACUUGAAAGAAAAUGUUUAUGAUAUAAAAUCGGAGAUGGAUUUAUUACAAUCAGAACUUAAUAUUUGUGUAAGUGGUUCAAAGAAAGAAAAGGAAAAGCUAUCGUCUUUAAUUUCUAAUUAUGAAAAAACAACUGAAAAUUUGAAAAAAGAAGAAAGUCUUCUUAAGCAAGAAGAGGAACAAAUAAAACAAUUACAAAAUGAAAUAUCAUCUUUAAAAGAAGAGUUAACAGAUUCAAAAGAAAAGGAGCUUUCUUUUUCUCAACAACUGAGAGAUGAACGCACAAAAUAUGGGGAAGCUAGAAAUUCUCAACAGAGUUCCCAGAAUACAAAUAGGAUGUUGAAAGCACUGUUUAAAGAAAGGAAUGAAGGGAGGUUGCCUGGUGUACUCGGAAGACUGGGAGAUCUCGGAUCUAUUGAUUUGCAAUAUGACGUAGCUGUGUCUACAGCUUCUUCGAGACUAGACAAUAUUGUUACAGACGAUAUGGACACUGCUCGAGAAUGUGUAGAGUUUUUGAAAAUACAUAAUUUGGGUUAUACUACCUUUAUUGGUCUAACGGAAAUGAAAAAGUAUGAACCUCAUUGUUAUCAGAAAAUAUCAACACCUGAAAAUGUGCCUCGACUAUUAGAUUUAAUUAAAGUCAAGGAUACUUCUUUACUGCCUGCUUUUUUCUUUGCAUUUCACAACACAUUAGUUGCUAAGGAUCUUGACCAAGCUACGAGAAUUGCUCUGAGGGGCAGUCAAAGAUAUCGAGUGGUAACUUUAAAAGGCGAAAUUAUUGAACCAACAGGUCCCAUGAGCGGUGGUGGUGGACGCCCCAUAAGAGGGCGAAUGGGUCAAACUGUUGUAGAAAAUGUUUACACUGAUGAAGAGAUUGCUAGAAUGUCUACUGCUGUAAAUGAGUUAACCAAAGAAGUGUCGAAAUUGAAAAAAUUAUGUGUAUCUAUUGAAGAACAAAUUUCUCAAAAGACAUCAAAAAUUUCAUCACUGCAACAUUCGGUAAAAAAAAGAAGAAUGAACAAUAAAGCUUAUAAAGAACAAGUUGAAAUGCUUGCAUCUCAGAUAGAGGAGCAAAAAAAGAAAACUGCUGAAUCUACAGUUGAUGAAGAAAAGGUCAAUGAACUUGAAGCAAAGAUAAAGACCAAAAAUAAAAAUUACCAAAUAGCUGUUGAAGAAGCAACAGCUACUGAAGAAAAAGUGUCAAAAUUGCAGGCAGAAAUUUUAAAACUGACCAAAGGAAAUUACAGCAAAGCUAAGAAAACUGUUGAUCAGCUCAAAAAGAAAUGUGAUGAAGUUGCUCAAAAUUUAACAAGAUCUAUAGUUAAUAUAAGACAGUCAAAAACGAAAAUCAAGAAACUUGAAACAACUAUCCAAAAUAUAACAAAGGACAUCGAAGCAAAUGACAAAUUCCUUCAAGACUACAAACAGAAACAAGAAGCAUAUACAAUUAAAGGAACUGAGAUAACUGAAGAAAUUAAAUUAUUGAAGGGUGAACUUGCUGUAUUGCAAGAGAAACAGUCAAAAUUAAAGAAAAAGAUUGAAGAAAUCCAAGGAAAGGAGCAUCAAAUGAAACGAGAUGAAAUUGAAAAUAAAAACACCAUGAAAAAAUAUGAUGCAAGUGAAUCGGAAAUAAAAGCCAUCAUACGAAGUAUUAAUGCUAAGAUGAGUAAACUAAAAUUGAAUGCAGUUGAAGAAGAUCCUACUGAGUUGCCAUCAUUAUCUGAAGAAGACAUUGCCAAGUUAAAUCUCCAAUCUCUGACUUCAGAAUUGGAAAUUUUUAAAGUUCAACUAGAGGAGAAAAAAGUGGAUUUAUCAGCUAUAGAAGAAUACAAAAAAAAGGUUAAAUCUUUUGAAGAAAAAAUGAGUGAUGUGCAAACAGUGAGAAAACAAUUGCAGUUACAAGGUCAACGAUAUGAUGAAUUACGUAGAAAAAGACUUCAUGAAUUUAUGGCAGGUUUUAGUGUUAUUGCUAAGAAAUUAAAAGAAAUUUAUCAGAUGCUAACUAUAGGUGGAGAUGCUGAAGUUGAAUUAGUUGAUCAGAAUGAUCCUUUUGCAGGUGGAAUUGAGUUAAGUGUUAAACCUCCAAGAAAAUCUUGGAAAGCAAUGAGAAAUUUGUCUGGAGGAGAGAAAACUUUAAGUUCCCUUGCUCUUGUCUUUGCUCUGCACUAUUACAGACCUACACCAUUUUAUGUCAUGGAUGAAAUCGAUGCUGCUUUAGAUGUGAGAAAUGUUGCAAUUGUGGGAUACUUUUUAAAGGAAACUACCAAGAAUGCUCAAUUUAUCAUUGUUUCUCUAAGGAAUGUCAUGAAUGAACUCUCAGAUAAUUUGUUGGGUAUUUAUAAAAUUAAUAAUUGUACAAAAAACAUUUCAAUCUCAAAUGUAUCAGAAUGGAACAAACAAUCUGAAAGACCUGACAGAAAUUAAUCUUUUUUUCACCAAAUUUCUUAUUUACUUAACAUGAAAAUGGGAAAUUGUAUGUUAUUGUUUCAUUUGGUUUUAUCAAAAUUAUGUAAAGAUGUAUAAUAAUUUGUAUCAGAAUCAGAUAUCAUUUCAAAUUACAUUUCAUGGAUUUUACAAUUUUUUUCUGCAUUUCAU